AUGGCGUUCAACUUCAACUGGUCGCCGCUGACCGCGGACGCGAAUUUUUACACUCGCGCGCAGGAUCUCCUAACGACCGCUCUCAAUAAGUCGCCAAAGCCUCCGAUCAUUGUCGACGAUAUCAUCGUUACAGAGCUCAACCUUGGUUCUAUUCCGCCCGAGCUGGAGAUUUUGGAGGUUGGAGACCUGGCAGAGGAUCGAUUUCGCGGCAUCUUCAAAAUGUCUUACACCGGCGACGCCUUUUUAACGCUCAAGACCCGUGUUCAAGCCAACCCCCUCAACACCUAUCUUCUGACAAGGCCAUCUUUUGCGUCUCCAUUACCUUUGGCUGCAGCGACACCCCUUACCAUUCCUCUCCAAAUCACACUAUCCGACUUCAAGCUAUCCGGUUUCGUCGUGUUGGUUUUUUCGAAGCAAAAAGGGAUCACGGUGGUAUUUCGCAAUGACCCGCUGGAGUCGCUCAAGGUUUCCUCGACAUUUGACUCGAUCCCGUUCGUCCGGGACUUUCUCCAAAAAGAGAUAGAAGCGCAACUCCGAAUAUUGUUUAUGGACGAACUCCCAGCUAUAAUCCAUCGCCUAUCGCUGCGCUUAUGGGUUCCAGAAUAUCGUGAUGGAGAGGCACAAGAAAGUCAAGGGACCACCGCUACUACGGACGGUCCAGGCCAAGAUCCUUUGGCUAGUCCCCCACAAGACCCCGUGGACGCCCUGGGUCAUGCCUUAAACGAGUCGGAUAUUGCUUCGUUAUCACUUGAUUCUUCAGUUGAGACACAUUCCUUGUUCUCACAGAAGAACCUCUUGCGACUUGGUGCCCUUACCGAUUCUCAGAGGACUUUGUCACUGUUUACUCCCUCCAUCCGAGAGGUUGUAUACCGCGCAUGGACGUCGCCAUCUGAUACUGGCGAGGCUACUGCAGGCGUGUUAUCUCCAGUGAGCCCUGCGCUUUCAAGGACGCAUUCCCAAGCCGGAAAUAUGUCGUCUUUCCCAGAUACUGCUAGCAUGGUUUCAUCGCAAACUAGGUCCUCGGCUUCUACGCAUAGUCUAAGCAGCUACGGCUUGACUAUGGGAGCUAGUCGGCACUCUAAAGCGCACUCUAGGAAGAGGAAGAAGCGCGUCGUGGACCUGCGGCGCCCUAAGACGACUGACGACGCCUCGAGCGUGAGCGAUGAGAGUGCAUUUACCGAGUCAACCGGCACACCAUCCGUGUAUUCAGCACCCUUGCCUAUCGUGAGGGAGCAGCCUGAUGAUCCUGUAACGCCCCCAUUGUCACCUGACGCUGGGCUGGAGCUCCCGUCCAUUCCUGAACGGCGCCAUAUGAGCAUUUCUCGGCCUAGUUUUCGUCAUAGGCCCUCGUCUCUUGGCCAGUCUGGAGAGCCUUCUUCUUUUGACCCCAGGUCGUCCGAGGCCCUGGACAUUGAUGCAACUCCAAGAGCAACGAUGCGCUCUCGCGAUGAGCCCGACCUACAUACUGGGAAGGUUGAGACCGAGCCCCUGAGGCAAUUGCCUUCCACAAUUCUCCCUUUCGCGGAAGAGACGCCAGGCUCCAGUAUUGUUGAUCAAGCAUUAGUUGAAAGACUGGCCGGAGAAAUUGCGCGCCGCAUGCGAGACGAGAAAGUGUCCGACUCUAGCUCAUGCAAUCCGUUUUGGGACCGACUGAGCCAUCAGGAAACCCCACCUCCGGCCUAUGGUCACUGA